CAGCGGCGGACCGAGGGUGGCGUGUGCGGUCGGGAGGCCAGAGCUUCGAGCCAUCCGGGCUGCGGCUCCGCUGAGGGACCGGUGGUGUGGGCCGGGAUCCGCGGGGCUGAGGGACGCUCAGGAGCGGCGAGGCUCGCGUCCGGAAGAUUUUGUCUUGUAUGUUCUCCCUGUGUUGCCAGCGCUAACCGCCAAGUCUUCAAGCACCUGAUUUUCCUUUCUGAGCCAGCUGAGACUUGCAGGAAGACCCGAUAGAAGGAACAUGACAUCUAGAGGCAGCGAACUUGUUUCAGAUUCAUGCUUUAUCAUUUCUUAAUUUCGUAUGUUGGGAACAUCCCUGCAAGAUGUCAGCACCAAGGAUUUGGCUGGCGCAAGCUUUGCUGUUUUUCCUCACCACUGAAUCCAUAGGUCAACUUUUGGAACCGUGUGGUUACAUCUACCCUGAAUUUCCAGUUGUCCAGCGCGGCUCGAGCUUCACUGCCAUUUGUGUGCUGAAGGAGGCGUGUCUGCAGCAUUACUACGUGAAUGCCAGCUACAUCGUGUGGAAGACCAACCAUGCUGCUGUUCCCAGGGAGCAGGUCACUGUCAUCAACAGAACCACGUCCAGUGUCACGUUCACAGACGUGGUCCUCCCGAGCGUGCAGCUCACCUGCAACAUCCUGUCCUUUGGGCAGAUCGAGCAGAAUGUGUACGGAGUCACCAUGCUUUCAGGCUUUCCUCCAGAUAAACCUACAAAUUUGACUUGCAUUGUGAAUGAGGGGAAGAAUAUGCUGUGUCAGUGGGACCGAGGAAGGGAGACUCACCUCGAAACAAACUACACUUUGAAGUCAGAGUGGGCAACGGAGAAGUUUCCUGAUUGUCAGUCAAAGCAUGGCACUUCAUGUAUGGUCAGCUACAUGCCCACCUAUUAUGUCAACAUUGAAGUCUGGGUGGAAGCAGAGAAUGCCCUUGGGAAGGUCUCCUCAGAGUCUAUCAAUUUUGACCCCGUGGAUAAAGUGAAACCCACCCCACCAUAUAACUUAUCAGUGACCAACUCGGAAGAAUUAUCCAGUAUAUUAAAGCUAUCAUGGGUCAGUUCAGGGCUGGGCGGUCUUUUAGAUCUAAAGUCUGACAUCCAAUAUAGGACCAAAGAUGCCUCAACUUGGAUCCAGGUCCCUCUUGAAGAUACAAUGUCUCCUCGGACUUCCUUCACUGUGCAGGACCUCAAGCCUUUUACAGAAUAUGUGUUUAGGAUCCGCUCCAUUAAGGACAGUGGGAAAGGCUACUGGAGUGACUGGAGUGAGGAGGCUAGUGGGACCACAUACGAAGACAGACCAUCCAAACCACCAAGUUUCUGGUAUAAGAUAAAUCCAUCCCAUGGGCAGGAGUAUAGAUCUGCACGGCUCAUAUGGAAGGCAUUGCCUCUUUCUGAAGCCAAUGGGAAAAUCCUGGAUUAUGAAGUGAUUCUUACUCAGUCAAAGUCAAUUUCACAAACGUACAUAGUCACCGGCACAGAGCUGACAGUGAAUCUCACCAAUAACCGCUAUGUAGCAUCUCUAGCAGCAAGAAAUAAGGUGGGCAAAUCAGCUGCAGCUGUCCUCACCAUCCCCAGCCCCCACGUCACAGCUUCUCAUCCUGUAGUGAAUCUUAAAGCAUUUCCAAAAGAUAACCUGCUCUGGGUGGAAUGGACGCCUCCACCUAAACCCGUGAGCAAGUACAUCCUAGAGUGGUGUGUGUUGUCAGAGAACGCACCCUGUGUCGAAGACUGGCAGCAGGAAGACGCUACGGUGAAUCGGACCCACUUGAGAGGAAGCCUCCUGGAGAGCAAGUGCUAUCUAAUCACAGUAACCCCCGUAUUCACCACGGGGCCCGGAAGCUCUGAGGCCUUGAAGGCGUACCUCAAACAAGCAGCUCCUACUAGAGGACCGACUGUUCGGACAAAGAAAGUGGGGAAGAAUGAGGCUGUCCUAGAGUGGGACCAGCUUCCUGUAGAUGAGCAGAACGGGUUCAUUAGAAACUACUCCAUAUCGUACAGAACCAGCCUUGGAAAGGAAACGGUUGUGCAUGUGGAUUCUUCUCACACGGAGUACACGCUGUCCUCUUUGAGUAGUGAUACGUUGUACAUGGUCCGAAUGGCCGCGUACACAGAUGAAGGUGGGAAAGACGGGCCGGAAUUCACGUUUACAACACCAAAGUUCGCUCAAGGAGAAAUAGAAGCCAUAGUCGUGCCUGUGUGCUUAGCCUUCCUCCUGACAACCCUGCUGGGAGUCUUGUUCUGCUUUAACAAACGAGACCUAAUUAAAAAGCACAUCUGGCCUAAUGUUCCUGAUCCUUCCAAGAGUCAUAUCGCCCAGUGGUCACCUCACACCCCCCCACGGCACAAUUUUAACUCCAAAGAUCAAAUGUACUCAGAUGGCAAUUUCACUGAUGUAAGCGUUGUGGAAAUAGAAGCAAACAACAAGAAGCCUUGUCCAGAUGACCUGAAGUCCGUGGACCUAUUCAAGAAGGAGAAAGUGAGUACAGAAGGGCACAGCAGUGGCAUCGGGGGCUCUUCAUGCAUGUCCUCCUCCAGGCCCAGCAUCUCCAGCAAUGAGGAGAAUGAGUCUGCUCAGAGCACCGCCAGCACGGUGCAGUACUCCACUGUGGUGCACAGCGGCUACAGGCACCAGGUCCCGUCCGUGCAAGUGUUCUCAAGGUCUGAGUCCACCCAGCCCCUGCUAGACUCCGAGGAGCGGCCAGAAGACCUGCAGCUGGUAGAUAGUGUAGACAGUGGGGAUGAGAUCUUGCCCAGGCAACAGUAUUUCAAGCAGAACUGCAGUCAGCCUGAAGCCAGUCCAGAGAUUUCACAUUUUGAAAGGUCAAACCAGGUUUUGUCGGGCAAUGAGGAGGAUUUUGUCAGACUGAAGCAGCAGCAGGUUUCAGAUCACAUUUCUCAGCCCUAUGGAUCCGAGCAACGGAGGCUGUUUCAGGAAGGCUCUGCAGCGGAUGCUCUUGGCCCAGGGGCUGAUGGACAGAUGGAGAGAUUUGAAUCUGUUGGAAUGGAGACCACGAUUGAUGAAGAAAUUCCCAAAAGUUACUUGCCACAGACUGUAAGACAAGGUGGCUACAUGCCGCAGUGAAGGCCUGGCUCCUGAACUUCAGCAGGGACUGCAAAGUAAAGCUAAAGACACGUGACUUCAGAUGAGAAACAAUUUUCACUCCCUGAAGAUAGGCUUUGCCUCUAAGGACAAAGUCACACCUGGGCCAUCUCCAUUCCAGAGUAUGUGGAAUCCCCUUCAAGCACUACAUGAACUGACUUUAUCCUCUAGAGCUGGAGGACUCUGCUCUUUAGAAUGUUUGCACUGCCGAAAACAAAGUGUGUCUGAGUUUAUAAAGCUGUUGGUUUGCUACAUAGAAAACGGGGGAUUUAAAUGAGCCACGGUGUCAUGACAUCGUUCAGCUGGGCUGGUUUUGAUGAGGCUGACCAUCCAGAUGCCAGCUCGAAGGCCAGCAGCAUCAUUUAAAAGUGCCCUGGGGCACAGUGUCCAGAUUAUGUCAUCUAGAAAAAGAAAGAAUAGAGGGGUGGUUCCUUUCUGGGUCUGUCAGUCAGAGAAGCAUGGCCUGCUCCUUGCCGUUGUUAUCGAUGCUACCAGUUACUACUGAAGAAAAGGAUAAACUUUAAAGAGGAGCAACCUAGAAGUACCCGUUUUCCUACAGUCACCCACAGCCUCCCGAGAAUCUGCUUAUUAUUGAAAAUGUCUUCCCUAGUCAAUUUCAUCCACCCUAGCUGAGUGGACCAGGCUGGCCUCAAACUCAGAGAUCUGUCUGCCUCUGCCUCCAGAGUACUGGGAUGAAAGGCAUGCACCACCACUGCUCCACUUAAAAAGACUGCUGUUUUUAAAGACUUAAGUUGUUGACGUUUUUCUGAACACAUAUGAACACACCAGGGACAGAUGAUUCUGCAGACUGGUGAGGAAGCACCUUAUCCAGAAUGACUUCAACUUUACAUUACUUUAAUUGACUCCACCUUGUUUUUAUUUUCAAGAAUAGCAGGGUGUUUGUUGAAGGGUGGCAUUUCCCAGAGCCUCAUGCCGUCCCAGAACACACCCCCCCAACGAUGUCAGCGGCCAUCACAAUGACAGAAGUCCUCCUACAGAGCUGAGGAAGCCGGAAGGGUCCUGCUAGUUUGCAGGGUGGGCUUUGAACCCACAGCCCUGUGCAUGCUAGACAUUCACUCUACCGCUGAGCUGCUCCUCCGCCCGGCUCAUUAUGUCAUCUAGGCUCACGUGAUCCUCCUGGCCCAGCUUCCUGACUGUCUGGGACUGUGGGUGUGUGCUGUCACACACCCAACCAGGUCUUUUUAAUAUCUGCCAUUUAUGAGGUAGAGUUUUUCACACGACUUAGGACUAUCUUAAACCUAUUCCUUCUAGUUGCUUUAUUAAGGAAUAGCCCAGGCAUCCAGUGUUUAGCACUAAAGCCAUUAAUGUAUUUGUGCCUAACUUUCCAGUGUGACAUGGAGGUGGGGGCUAAAGGUAGACACUGGGCAGACAGGAAUUGGCUGAGCACCGAUAGAGGCUGAUCAGUAAGUGUGCUCACAGGAAAAGGGUUAAAGGUUCAGAGCAUGGGCACCUAGGUCAUUUAUAGCGGUUACCACACAGUGCCCGAGGAGGAGUUGAUAUGCACUUAGUUGGAUUGAGUUUCACCUUUUACUCUCAGAAGGUUGUUUAUAUUCUACUUGCUGAUGCGUUAUCAUUUAUAUUUUUAUACUGGUAAUCCUUUUCUGUGUUCUCUCACAUGUAUAAUCCUCGUGAGACAGUACAUGCUUUGCUCUGGUAUAUUCAGUUGGCAAAACCAGCCUGGAAUUGCUAAAAUGCCCGAAGUGAAGGGAGAUGGUGAAAGUCGGGCACAGGAAGGCCAGGUCAGGGGCAGAGAGACCAGAAUUCACACUACAAGGCUGGCACCAUUGCCAUUCAAGUUGGACGUCAAAGCCUGAUCCCAGUCAGGACUGAGUUUUCUAUGUAUAUAUCUGCCAGGAAAUUAACACUUGCUGAAUUUCUCAUCUUCUCACAGUAAGCAGUCUAGUUAUGGGACUCUAUCCAUGUUCAGCUGUGACUUCCCUCAUAUCAGACAGUGGUGCUGUGAACGUUGCAGUGUGAAGUCUGUACUGGCUAGGGGCGGUAACCCAGUGUGAGUUCAGGCAUGAACAUGAGACCACUGAAGGAAGAGCCUCCUGGAAGCAAGUUGGCAAGCUAAAUCCCAGACAGAAAGUGUCCCAGGGAGCCAGGGCCUCCACCAGCAGGGAAGGGGUGUGCUCACUGCAGGAAUGUUCAUUUAGAAGAUGUAUCAUGGAGCACCUCCCUUUGCUCUAAGAGAAAAACCAUCUUAAAAUUCAUCUUAAAUACAGACUUCGCUCUAGCAUGUUUUAGAGUAAUCUGGAUGCAUGUACCUUGUAUCUCAGUAGCAGAGAAACUAACCUGGCUUCUUUAUGUGAAACCAGUGUAAUAAAGCUGGUUCUGUCCCUGGUCUUCUAUUCUUUCCUGUGUAGAAAUGUAAUUUAAGGCUCAUCAGAGAAAAGCCUGGCUGUGGCCAGGACUCGUUCACUGCUUCUCAUGCAGUUGCCUCCUGAGGACUCAAAGAAAAGGAAGGGUUAAUGCUGAGUCGCUGUUACAAAACCUAGCGUUUCCAUCUUUUCCUCACUCAGACAUAAAAUCUCAGUCCUUUGAAAAGCAUGAGUCAGUACUCGGGGGCACAGAGAAGCAGAAGUAGGAAAAGUGCAGCCCCUGCCCCCUCGUUCUCCUGCCUACAGAUCAUUCCGUCUCUGCACAGUUCCUGAGCUGUGGUCAUCAGCUCGGCCAGGAUGGACGGUUUCUGGGGGGGGUUUGUUUGUUUGUUUUUGCUUGUUUGUGUUUUUGUUUUGUUUUGUUUUUCUGUUUGUGGUAUUUUGUUUUUUUAAGACAGGAUUUUUCUGUGUGGCCUUGGCUGUCCUGGAUCCGCCUGCCUGCUGUGCCACCACUGUCUGGUGAGACUGUAGUUCUUAUUGUGAACUUAAAGGGUUAAAGAGGUAGAAGGAUUUACUGGACUGUAGUUUUUUAUUUUUAUUUUUUUUUCCUCAACCCUAAUUGUAAUAAUGGUUCUUAAAUGCUUUACCCUCCCUUGUAGCCCACCACCCACCAGAGGUAGUGGAAAAGAAGGGAUAUGGGGGAAGUGGACCUGUUUAAAAAAUGGUUCUUUGGAGCAACUCCUGUGUGCACUGUCAGAAAAUCAGCUGUUCAGUUGACAGGUCAGCAGUGGCAGCUCCAUCCACUCUCAAACAUAUCAAGGCUACACCAGCAGUUCAGGUCCGUAGUAGUGUCAGGAUAGCAGCAGCAGUGGUAUAACCUAGCAGGAAUGGCCAGGCCUCAGCACAAGUCAGCAGGAAGAACUAGAAGUUCUCAGCUGUGCCUCUCAGUGAAACGAAGAUAUGCAAGCCAGCCAAGGCCAUCACCAUCCGUUGAGUCCUGUAUAUACUCCAUCCAAAUAUCAAGUGUCCUCGGGUCUGGGCUCACCGCGGGUCUUGUGUGUGAGUCUGUAUCAGCUGACAUCACUCUGCCAAUCAGCCGGAGUCUGCGGAAGCCGCAAGCCACAAGCCACAAGCCACCAGAACGAAGUUUUUAGUGUUUCUCUCUAUGGAGUCCCAACAACACCCAAGGCAUGUCAUUAACAAAGAACCCAUCACCUGCCCGUUCACAUGCCUUAGCAAAGCAUCCUUUCACCCGUGUCCACUUGAGCGAAACGUUCCUUCUCGUGUCUGCUUUAGCAAAACAUCCAACACAGCUGACUUUCCAAAGAACACUUAAGUUUCCAUUUCAUGGGACACUAUCAAAGCUGUUAAAAGUAGGACUGCUAAUUAGACAUCACAUACUAUUUUUAAAGCUGUCUCUUUUUUUCUGCCCACAUAAUUAGUAAAUUAUGGCAUAAAUUUAGACCUAGUAAUCAUAGGAUUCCUCAUUGUUAUAUAUUAACCAAGUAGAACAAGCCAGUAGACUUUAGCCUAUUACGUUCAUUCUUCUGUUUCAUGUCACUGAGUUUCUUUACAAGCAAGUUUUUAACACAACUUCUAUCUAGUAAAGUUUUUAAUGAGAUAAGUAGAAUCAAUAAGCUGCAAAAAAUAAUAAAAAACUAAAGGUCAAUUAUUAAAAAUAACCUCUCGGGCUAGCUUCCGGCUAUAGGUACUGCUGGUAGGUUACUUUGCCCAGGUAAGAUUGUAUCUUUUAAAUGUGCCUUUCGAUGAGUUAGAACACAGCCAUCAAAUGGCAAACGGAAUAGUUCAUAGACAAAAGUUUGUUUUCCUGUCACAUGCAGAUUAGCAUAUGCUCAGUCACUCAAAGAGAAAAAGGUGAAGGCAGGCUCCAGAUGUUACUCGGUCUAACUCGUAGGGCUUUUUGCCACCUGUGAGCUCCCACAAACUGGUCAGGUUUUUUUUUUUUUUUUUUUUUCUUAACCAGUUGUCAAUACUGGUGAGGGAGGGGUUGGGAUGAAGAUGUACCAGGCUGGUUGGGUAGGGACUCUUAGUCCUGUGGUUGCUCGCUUAGUCUGGUUGCUGCAGACUGCAAGUGCCGUUACGUAAGCAGGACAAUGUGAUGUGCCAGAAAGAAAGGGAUGUUCGAGGGGUUGGGAACUCUGUAGCCUUAAUGCUCGUGUGUGAUAUACUCUAAAGCAAGUGCACUUUGCUAGCCUAGUGCGGCAGUAGGCAUUAGGUAUGGCUUCUUACGCCUUUGCUCUUAGCUGUACUCCAUGUGCGCACAGUUCUCUCUCCUUUCCUGCCACCACCACCACCACCCGUGCAGUUUCACAUGGAAGCUUGUAUGUGUGUUUCCUCUGAGUAAGUUGCAUGUGCUAAGUAUAACCAAAGCUAUCAUGUUUAUGUUGACCCUGCCAUAAAUGUCUUACUAUAUCAUCUCUAACCCUUUAAAUAAAUCUGAGAAAGAAA